AGAUAAAUCGCGAAAGAUAGUCUGCAGUGCAGUGGUAGUAAAAUUUUCAUCAAUGGCAGCACGAGUAGGAGAAGGGCAAAGAAGAGGAGGCGGAAGGCCACUUCCACCGUCGGCAAGAGGACCACCUGGUCCUCCUCCUGUUCAUGGUAAACCCGGACCUCGAUUUGAACCAGUCGACCGCGAAAAGACUUGUCCAUUGCUACUUCGAGUUUUUACCAAGAUUGGUGGUCAUCACAACCAGACAGACUUUGCAGUGAGAGGCAAAGAACCUAAAGAUGAAGUCCAAAUCUAUACAUGGAUGGAUGCUACACUUCGUGAACUCACUGAUCUGGUAAAGGAGGUAGCUCCAGAGGCUAGAAGAAGAGAUGCUAUGCUGUCAUUUGCUUUUGUAUAUCCUACUAAAACUGGUCAUUUUACAAUCAAAGAGGUUGGAAAAACCUUGUCUUAUCCGAAUGCAAGACGACCAGAUGAUGGCAGCAAGGCCCUAGGGAGCCUUAGCUUUGAGAUUGGAGAUUACCUAGAUGUCGCAAUUCUUUAGACUAUUGUGGUUUUGUGGUUUGGUUUGGUUAAGAAGAUUUAAACUCGUGGAAGGGUAGUUUUGUAAUUUUGCUUGCGAUCGACUUAAACCGUAUUAUAUGGAUAUCUUUUAACCCCCGCUAAUGAAACAAUGUUUUAAUUUGUGGUGGUUCUUGUUGAAAAGAGGUGAUAUUGUUUUCUUGUAGCCAUCCAUUGUGUCUUAUUUGUUUUUGAAUCAGAAUUAAAAGAGACAAAAGAAGUCCUAUUGUUGUGUUUUA